AUGACUCGUUCUGAAAGGGGACACUUCCUUAUUGUCGGUGCCGGCUUCGCUGGCCUGGGUACCGCGAUCGAGCUCAAGAGGAAAGGAUUCAGUGUGGAGGUGAUUGAAGCAGCACCCCAACUUCAUAUUCUAGGAGACGUGAUUCAGAUAGGAUCCAGCGCCACGCGCAUCAUCGCCAAAUGGGGGCACGCAUUGGAGGGUGUCGAGGCCUGUUCUAGCCACCCCAAGUCCAUGAGCAUUUACAAUUCUGCCGGUGAGUUGGUCUACGAGUCGCCGAUCGCGGAGAGCUUUGACGGCUUCCCCAUCUUGUUUUCAAACAGAGGAGGCGCCCAGAAGUGCUUCUACGAACAUGCGCUUGACCUCGGCAUCCCAAUUCGCCUGAACGCGAGGAUUUCCGAAUAUUUCGAGGAUGACGACUCCGCUGGCGUCAUUCUCGAUGGCGAAAAGCUACGGGCGGACGCUGUCAUCGCCUGCGAUGGCAUACACAGCUACGGCCGUCGCUAUGUGACGGGAAUUCAGCAGAUGCCGCAAACGAGCGGUUUUGCUGUGUAUCGAUGCUGGUUUCCACUUGAGCGACUGGCUCUUGAUCCUGUUACCAAGCAUCUGGCUGAGGCCAAGGAGGAGAAGCUGAUUACAUGGGUUGGGAGGGACACACAUAUCAACCUCGUUGUCCUGCCCAAGCCUCAAGGCGCCGUGGUUUUCUUGACGCACAAGGACGAUCAAGAUGGAGUUUCCGAGUCAUGGAGCUCCAAAGGAAAUCUCAAUGACAUGCUUCAGAACGUCGAGGGCUGGGAUCCUGUUUGCCGGGCAGCUGUUGCGGCCGUCCCCGAGGAAGCACUGGUCGACUGGAAGUUGCUGUGGAGGGAUCCACUGAAGAAGUGGGUAUCUGGCAAAGGUCGAGUCGUCAUCAUGGGAGACGCAGCACAUCCCCAUCUUCCCACGUCCGGCACUGGCGGCGUACAGGCGAUCGAAGACGCUGCUACUUUGGCCGCGGUGCUGGACGUGCUCGGAAAGGGGGAGAUCCCCUUGGCCUUCAAGGUCUUUCAGAAGCUGAGGUACGAACGGACAAGCCUCACGCAGCGAAUGGGCUGGGAGACUAGACAUCGGUGGCACAAAACAGACUGGGAUGCAGUCAAGAAGGACCCUGCCAUCAUGAAGAUGCCUCAGCCCGCGUGGAUCUAUGGCCAUGAUGCUGAACAGUAUGCCUACGAUCGGCUGCAGGACGCGGUCGGCAGCGUGAGGAGCGGAUCCACGUUUGACUCGACCAACACGCCUCCGGGGCAUGUACACGAAGACUGGACCGUUGAGACGAUGAUGAAACUGGAGAAGGCCGAAGUAGAGGCUAACUUUUACAAAGUUUCCAACCUUUAA